AUGGAGACCUGGCGGAAAGGCUCCUUCCGCAAUGCCUCCUUCUUCAAGCGACUGAGCCUGGGGCGGCCACGGGGACUCCGGCGACAGGGCAGCGUGCUCAGCCAGGCGAGUACGGCUGGCGGGGACCACGAGGAGUACAGCAACAGAGAAGUCAUCCGGGAGUUGCGAGGGCGGCCAGAUGGCCGGCGCCUGCCUCUGUGGGGGGACGAGCAGCCCCGGGCCACCCUGCUGGCCCCACCCAAGCCUCCCCGCCUCUACCGAGAGAGCUCCAGCUGCCCCAACAUCCUGGAGCCCCCGCCCGCCUACCACACGGCCUACUCGGCCACCCUGCCUUCUGCGCUCUCCCUGGCAGGCGCCCUCCACCACUACUCUGACAAUGACCUUCUGGACACUCCCCCCUUCCAGGAGACACCUGCUCCAGACCUCAGUGAUCCCUUCUUCUCCUUCAAAGUGGACCUGGGGAUUUCACUUCUUGAGGAAGUUCUACAGAUGCUGAGGGAGCAAUUUCCGAGCGAACCUAGCUUCUGA